UCCCGACAACAUAUGAUCCUGGGGCACAUUUGAUUGACAGCUGACAAUAGAAGAGCUGCCAGGGCAAUUCAUAGCCACUUUGAAACGUUACAAACAUUGCUAUUUGCAACCAGUGUGCAAAUUGGAUAACCAGCGGAGAGAACUUCGACGUCAUCAAUCAACAUGUAAUUUUCCUUCACGGUCAGCAGAGGGCGUUUCUCUGGCAAUCGAAUUUCAUAUUUCGUCACGCUCAUAACAUACAGUAUUGCCAAGCUCAUUUUAUUUGCCUUUGUGACAGGAAAGUCUAACUUUUAAUGCGUAAAUGUCUUCAGAGGCAUCAGAUACAGGUCCAGAGAGUAAAAACCCUGCCACUUGUUUGGCGUUAGCCACAGGUGCUUUUAUUCAAUUUGCAGGUAAGCGAGUUCCCCGAGUUGACGCGCCUGUGGCUCAGCCAACCGGUUUAGCGUUCCUGGAUCUGGAUUUGACACCUAUGCAUGUCUCAGUCGUGCUCAGCGCAAGUUAGAUUUUUUUAGGCCAAAGCGUGUGUGUGUGUGUUCUUCCUGUCUGCUCUUAUCUGUCAUGCUGACGAUUUUUUUGCCACCCCCUCCCCCUUUCAGCUUCAAAGGAACUGACAAACGAGACACUCCUCAUCUUCCCUGCUCACUAAUUCCUUAGGUUUCUCCACAUUUCUUAUUUUAUUAUUUGCGUUCCGCUCCUAGUAUUUCAUUUUGUUUUCCACUGGUGCUCUUUUGCCGCUUUUCCCUCUCCGUGAAGUGUCCUUCCCUCCUCGCAUGUGUCCUUUUUCUCCCUCCCUUGCAGCCUCGUCCCUCCAUUGCUUCCCAUAAAGUUGACUGUAACUCCUGAAGCGAUACAAGUUCAUAUUUUGGGCUGUUUGACUCCCCGGCGGUUUGUGAGGCUGGCUGCGCGCCCGGCGAGUGCGCCUCGCCGCUGUGUGGGAUCGCGGCCGCGGGCCCCCAGAUGUUGUUGGCCCAACUCGGACUGCUUCGUGCGGCGGAGAUACCGCAAUGAAACGUGAGCCCACUCCGUAGUUUUGGGGAUGUUUUACUCGGGCCGGGACAAGAGACACGUUAGCAGGCCACAGCCCAGCCGGAGCAAAUGUUACAGCUCCGGGAAAACGAGACUGAGCCACACCGUAGCGGACGCCGAUGAAAGAACGCCGCAAGACGAUAUGGCUGAAGAUGUCGAUGGAUUCUGAAAAUUCCUGCGUGCUGUUGUCCUCGCGAGACUCCCGCAUCUCUUGUGUCUUCCAAGCGGCCGACGACAAAGAUGACGACGCUCAGGCAACGGGAGAGGAGAGCGUUUUGGAGAUGCUGAGCUGCUCCAAGUUCUCGGACCUGGAGACGUGGCUGUGCAUGCCCUCCUCGCUCCUGCUGCCCAGACUCUUGGACUCUACCCGCACCUUGUCGUCAUCGUCGUCGUCGUUGUCCUGCGCCUCCAAUUGCCGACGCUCAACCUGUAGCGAUGCUGGCACAGCUGACAGGACUCCCGAGAGGGGCGCCGCCUUCCUGGCCCCACCUUUGGGCAAGGAAACGCCCUUCCUGCUGCCCAUCCUCUCGUCCACGCCCAAUGCCGCCUCGGCAGCCGUCAGCAUCAGGAAGCGCCGCCGCCUGGCCGCCAGUCCCGGAGGCCUUCACUGGAAGUCGACAGGUUCGCUGCAGUCACCUGACCCCGGCAAAGAGGAGGAGGAGGAAAGUGGUCCUGGUGAUCUGGCGAGGGGCCGCCGCCCGGCUCGGGGGGGCGGGGCUGGCGAGCGGCCGCCGGUCAGGAAAACGCUGUCAGUGGAUGAGCAACUGCUGCGGCCGGCCGGCGCCGAGCAACACCAUUUCAAGCUGCUCGGCCGACUGGAGAGAGGACGCAAAAAGCUGUGCAACAACCACAGUCUGGGAACGCUGAAUAGAUACGACUCCAAAAAGAAGUCGGACAGCAAGCUCUCCCGAUUGGCUCAGAGGUGGAACCAGCGCGCGGCAGCCGGAGAUGCUCUGAUCCAGGACCUCCAGUUCUACACGGGACUCCCCGGCGCCUCACGAAGUCUGGACAGACGCCUCCCGGCUGUUCUGACCCAGCAGAUGCAGAACUUGCAGUUGUCUCAAGCCAAGAAGGUCGCGGGAGGGCCGGCCUCCCCCAAUGCCGCCAAGCGCCUCUAUCGCAACCUGUCGGAAAAGCUGCGAGGGAGCACGUCGUCCUUCGAAGACGCACACUUCUUCGGGAAGAGCGAUCGCCUUCGCAAGGCCUCGACGAUGCAGGGCGGCGAGUGCCUAUUGGAAGCGGUGGAGCAGCAGGACCUGGACAUGGUCCAGAUGCUCCUGUGCCAGCUGACUGCAGACGAGCUGGACCUGAACACACCCAACAGCCAGGGGCUGACGCCGCUCGACGUCGCCGUCAUGACCAACAACGUGCCCAUCGCCAAGUUGCUGCUCAAGGCCGGCGGGAGGGAGGGGCCGCACUUCGUGAGCGCGGAGAGUCGCGAGGCCCACCUGGCGGCUCUGGUGGCCGAGGCGGAGCAGCGCGCCGCCGACCUGUCGGCGCGGGCGCAGCGAGACGGCCUGUCGCUGGAGGCGUGCCACAAGGACAAGCAGCUGAGAGCCUGGGAGUGGAGGUGCAAGCUCUACAAGCACAUGACGAGCGCAUUCCAGCACGCACGCACCCCCGAGGCUCCCGCGUUGGUCCGUCUGAGCGUGAGCAGCAGCUCCACGCUGACCGUCACCUUCCAGGAGCCGCAAGGCCUCCACUCCACCGUCGUCACCAAGUACAAAGUGGAAUGGAGUUGCUUGAAGGAUUUCUCGCUCCUGGCUGGAGAGAUGCUGCUGGAGAACCUGCAGAGUCUCAAAUGCACCAUCAGCAGCCUCAGCACGGGUCGCCUGUACUUUGUGCGAGUGUCGGCCUACAACAUGAAGGGCUGGGGUCCGCCCGCGUGCUCCUUGCCGCCGUCUGCCGCUCCUUCCAACUGGCGAGAGAGCGACGGGCGGGAGCCAAGGAAGCGCAGCCACGUGGAGGUUAUGGAGCGCUUGCUCCAGCAAGUCCGCGCCACGCAUUCGCACUAUUGCUGCGGAGAUGCUUCCAAGCUGCAGAACACGAGCAGGAAGCAGUCCGUCUCCCGAAGCCUCAAACAUCUUUUCAACUCCUCCAACAAGUUUGUGAAGACACUGAAAAGGGGCAUCUACUUGGCGGCCGUCUUCUACCACAAGGACAAAUUGCUGGUGACGGCCGAGGACCAGAUCCCCAUCGUGGAAGUGGACGACUCCUACGGCAGCUCCCUCAUGCAGGACUUCCUCUGGUUCACUAAGCUGUCCUGCAUGUGGGAGGACGUGCGGUGGCUCCGCCAGAGCACGUCGGUGUCCACGUCGUCGUCGUCCACGCUGCAGGCGCGCCACAAGAUGCUGAGCGCCGCCGGCCAGCUGCAGAACUUGCUCGGUACGCACAACCUGGGCCGCGCCCACUACGAGCCGAUCAAGGAUCGCCACGGCAACGUGCUGCUGGUGACGGUGCGCGACGCCGACGGACAGCACGCGCUCCUUAGCGGCAAGUGGAUGCAGGUGGCCAAAGUGCAGAGUCAGCGCAAGUCCCUGUCCACGCCCGAGGAGCCCUACGCCCUCGACGUCCUCAUCAUCACGCUGCAGGACAUCGUGGCGUACCAGCGCCGCAGCAGCCAGCGGUUGGCGCCGGGCCUCUACCUAGGCUACCUGAAGCUCAGCAGCUCCGUGGACCAGAUCCGGGUCCUGGUAUCCCAGAAGAACCCCAACAUGCUGUGUCACGCCCGCGUGCGAGAAAACGCCAACGUGUCCAGGGAGGAGUGGGACUGGAUCCGCACGCUGUCGGCCGCCGGCGAGAAGGACCCGGACGGCGAGGACGGCGGCGAGGAGGCGCGGCCCAGGCCCGAAAGCCACGCGCCGCUGCUCUACUACGAGCUCCAGACGGCCAUCAAGACCCUGCUCAAGAACCUCAACCUACCUCUGCACCAGGCCCGUCACUUGCGCCUGUACAGCCAGGAAGUGGUGGAGCUGGGUCACGGCGUCUGCUUCCUGCUGCUGCUGCCGGCCGCCGAUGACGUCUGCUCGGCCCCCGGCCAGUCCAACCCCUACACGCCGCUCUCGGGCUUCCUGCACCUGCCGCUGCAGAUGUUUGAGCUCGUGCACUUCUGCACCUACAAGGAGAAGUUUAUCAGUUUGUACUGCCGCCUGUCGUCCGUGUUGGACCUGGACGCCCUCAUCACCCAGCAAGCGCUACGGGAGGCCAUCACGGACAGCGAGGUGGCCAGCGCCAAGCACCGACAUCAGCUCAUCCUCGACUACAUCCAGCAGCUGGACGAGACUCGCCGGGACCUGCGCUGGCUGACGGACGCGCUGCAGUACGCCCGCUACAAGCAGCCCCUCGGCGGCGUUCCCGUCACCUGCCUGGUGGACGCCGGCGCCCCGGAGAGCGACGGCGGCCAGCACAAAACGGACUCCACCUCCUCCGCCAUGGAGUACCUGCCUUCGCCUUCGCCCGAAUUGUGCGGGAGGAAGGCCAUCAGCGACUCGCUGCUGGGCUCGGACGAGGACGCUUCGUCGGAGGUCUUCCUGCCCACCGACAGCGACUACGACUCCAGCGACGCCCUGAGCCCCCGUGAGCUGGACCUGCUCUACUCGCCCCCGCAGGACCUGUCCCAGCAGGCCAUGCACUCGCUGGGGGGGAGCGCCCCCGACGUGCUGCAGAUCCACGAGCUCAGGUACGGCGCCCGCCCUGUCACGGGCCUCCCGCUGUCGCCGAGCCCGCAGGACGGCAAGUCACAAGAUGGCGCGGCGCCCUUCUUCCCCCAGUCGCCGCCGCCGUCCAAAGACUUUGCCGCCUUUCCCUCGGCCCCGCCCCGCUCCCCGUCCGCCCCGCUGUCCCCCCGCUUCGCCGGCGACCUCCCGCUCUCCCUGCCGCAGUCCCGCACCGCCGAGACUCUGGAGGGCCUCUCGCUCUCGAGGACCCAGCCGGAGGGGGGCGUCCCCCAGCCGAGGCUGGUCCCCAACCCCCCCUCCAAGCGCAAGCUGCUCUCCAGGAGCCACCGGGGCCAGUAUUUCAGCGGGCCCCAGCGCUGGCUCAGGGGACACAGCGGGGAAAGCCACACGGGGUCUUUAUCCGAGGGCGUCUACACCAAGCAGUGCGACCCGGACCACCCGCCGGCCCCCCCGCAGGGUGCCACCUACGUGAGCCGCACCGACUGCGUCCUGGAGAGCCGCAAGGGUCGCCCCCGCGAGCCCAGGCCCCACGUGCGGAGGAUUUUCGCCGACGCUGGCAAGGAGCCGCAGGGGGCGGUGGCGCGGUCGGUGAGCGCAGGGCAGCGACGGGAAGGGGCGGCCGGACAGGACGUCGACUCGGACGAGCAAACCAACUCACAAGUGUCGGAGAUUCUCAGCAGCACGCUCUAGGCCCCGCCCCCCCCCAAAAAAACUCUGCAUGUACUUGGCUGUUUUCCAAAAAACUCUCCAGAUGAACACAGUUGUCACAUUUUGGCCAAUGGCAAGCCUGAAACGUUGACAUCAGACGCCUCCAGUCGUAAAAGGUACGUUCGUGUGUCAAAGUUUUUCCAAAAUGAGCCUCGUGACGAAGGCCUGCUGCACGCCGAUAUUGCGCAGCCAUUGGCAACCCCCCCUUCCUUCCCCCCGCCCCUCUCGCCAGACAUCGUUCGGUGUCUGGCGGGCUUCAAAUGAUUCCGUUAAGUACAUUUUGUUGAAAAUAUUUGCGAGGUGUACUCUCAAAAAAAAAAAGCUACUCAACAAUUAUUUGGGGAGUGUCUAUGUAAAUUUCGCCCUCCCACGCCCCCUGCUUAGCCCCACCCCCCAACCCCGAAUCCCUCAUAGGGGUACCUGCUGCUGUCUAAGGUAACCACUCUUCCCAUUUCUCACGCGAUAUUGAUGAGAAUGCGAAUUCGCGCUGCUCGGAAGAGAAGCCCGCUCUUGGUCCCGUCGCCACUUCGGUUUCAGGUCUUCUCGGCCUUGAAACCAUCCGUGGGACCCGAGCCGGAUCUCGUAUCACAAGCUUGCACGAUGACUUGAUUGAAUAGCAAGUGAACUUUUUUUUUGUUUUGGGGGUCGGGCGCAACCGGGACAUUCCCGGCAAACUCUUGGCCAGUUUCACGUCCUCUUCAAGGUUGGAUCUUAAAAACGGAGACAAGAGAAACCGUACCCAGGAAGCAUCGGGUUUUACCCCGGGACCUUGAUCUUCUUGCCACUCUGUCCAGCCCGUGCUCGCGUGCCCAACGUUUUUCUCAGACCUUUUUGCGUGGAUCGCAGAAACCAAAAGUUGCUGGUUCAACUUCACCUUCACCCGGCCACGACUGUUACACAGAUGAUCAGCGAUGCAAGCAAGAACUGGAACUUUGUACAUUGUUCACACCAACAAAAAAAAAAAUGUGAGCGUUGUGAUCAGUGGCGUGAAGUUGGAAGGGGUCCUGGUCUACUUGAAGUCACUCUGGAAGUUUCUGACGAUCGUUACUUUAAGCCGGAGGGUUUUGGAAAUACUUGAGUUUGGAAGUUUUACAUUGGAAUGAACUGGGAAGGGAUUUUUUGGGAGGGCUCUCAGAUUUGUGCAUCAGUGUCAACUUCAUCUUAUUUCAUAUGCGCGUGCAGAACAAUUGACGUUUAAUGCCGUGCACUCACUGCCAACGACAAGGCGCUCUAAAGCGGCCGAGACAGAAUUAUCCGAUGGGAAGCUGUCUUUUCAGGGCGUACUUUAGAAUAAUCACCGAUGCAAGCCAAGAUGCUCGGAUUCUUCCGUAGCAGGGGAGGGCCCACACUUGGUCUUCACACAAAUUUGUGAAAUCACUUUGGAGGGACGUGAAGAGCCAAGCGGCCAGUUUGAGAAUUCCUGGUCGAUUCCCGUUCAUUCCCAUGGUAAGUUUCCAGCGUAGAAAUUUCCUAGAAUUUCGCAACACUAGUCACAACGCCGCAUUAAGCACCACAACGUUUUUUGUUGUUGUUUUUUUUUUACUCUAACGGAACUCUUGUGUGCUCUUUUUGUGCUUGGCAUGUGACGUGCUGUGCUUCAACUGGCAUGCGGGUGUCAUCUCAGGACGUUUGUUUGCGUUGUCGUCGUUUUACUCGGGCCUGUUCCUCACUUCCUGUUUGUUCCCUCACACGCUGCUGACGCUUCGCUUCUUUUGGAUGUUGCUUUGUUUUUUGAGGGGGGGGGGGGACCCACUCCUUGUGUUAUUUAUUUUCCCGAGGAGCACAGAUUGUUCACGUUUUCUAUACGCACGUCGUCGUCUUUGUCUUUUCCCCCCCCCAACCCCCCCCCAUACACACUUUUUUUAUGUGUGCACAUUCUGGAAUAAAAGCUGAUGGAACUUGUGA